UAAAGAUUUGCCAGCAGAAACUUUUAUUUCUUCUUUAUCAGUCAGGAACUGUUAUUCCUCCUGUGGAGCUCUGCUCAGCUAAGUUUGUAGCUUCCUUUUUAAAUAAUUCCAACGUGGCAUUUCAGCAUCAGACUCCUCAUAGACCAGAAACAGUGGGCUAACCAAAGAAGGGCCACUUUGUAAAGAUCACCGAACAGCUCUGCAGUCAGAGACCGACUGGCUCCCUGACCUUCAAAAACCGAUUCGUAUCCUACUUGUGUUCAGCUGCCCUCCUUUGCACAAACGCCUUUUCUACUGCCGGUAACCUCCCCAGUCCCUGCGCACGCCGAGGCAAGGAGCCCCAUGCAAACAGCGGGACAGGCCACCUCUGGCUCCGCCGCCUGCCCUGCAACCUUUCCACCUUCCUCACCAGCGACGUCAGCACCACCCGCGCCCAAGGGCCUCCCAAAACCCGGGAUCGCAAGCCCUGAUUGGCGGGUCCGCCCCUCCCGCCUCGCCGAGCGCCCGGGGCUGCCAUGGGCGAGGAGGCGGCUGAGCCCCGGCGGCCGGGGGUCGGCGUGGGGGUGGUGGUCACCAGCGCCGCGCACCCCAACUGCGUCCUGCUGGGCAAGCGGAAAGGCGCGCUGGGCGCCGGCACCUACCAGCUCCCCGGGGGCCACCUGGAGUUCGGGGAGAGCCUGGCGGAGUGCGCGGCGCGGGAGACGCUGGAGGAGGCGGCGCUGCGGCUGCGCCACGUGCGGUUCGCGUCGGCCGUGAACGCGGUGUGCCCGUCCCAGCGCUACCACUAUGUCACCGUGCUCAUGAAGGGCGAGGCCGAGCCGGGCGCCGAGCCGCGCAACCAGGAGCCCGACAAGAACGAGGGCUGGGAAUGGGUCAAAUGGGAUGAAUUUCCUCCAGCAGAUCAACUGUUCUGGGCCUUACGGUGUUUAAGAGAGCAAGGUUACAAUCCCUUUACAGAAGAGUUCGAUCAUCUAAAGGGGUACACGGGAAGUCACCAGUUAGAGUAAAAACAAAUUGUAUGUUAUGUAAACAUAAAGAACAUAAAUCUAAAGGACAGAUCCACUUUUAGAAGGAAAAAAAUAUAUAAAGUGCUCACCCUGCCCAUGUGAAAGUAUUAUUUUUCCCAAAGAACAUGCCAACUCUUACAGUGCUUUUCCCGUAUUUCACACAACAGUUGUCUCUCAUUCCAGACCCAUUUCUAGGUUUAGAAAUUAACAAUUAACAUUUGCUUUUACAGAAAACUCAAUGCUUUAUCUAGUUAAUCUUUAUAUUGAUGAACAGCCAUUUGGAAGUUGGCACUAGCCAGGGAAGCUUACUCACUUAAAAGCAGUUGCAACAGAACUUGCUUGUUUAAAUCCGCUUUUCUGUAAUUAUUGGACCAAUUUUAAAACUCAGCCUUGUCUCUCAGCUUCAGUUAUGAAGCUACUGUCAGGAACAAAAGCUACCUUUAAUAGAUAGUGCAUUUUUUUCCUGCAGACAGCAGUAUACACUCAAAAAUCAAGAGUAUUAUAAAUGUGGAAAGAUUUCAUCACUUAUUGCAGGGAAUGCAACUUCUGGCCAGUUGUUUUCAUAACAGAGUUCUGUUUAGAGCCUCAGUUACACUGAAUUUAUCUGCAGAAAUGUCUCAGAUCUCUGCAAUUGAUCUCAAUUUGUUACUGAACUCUUGGAAUGAACAGGUGCCUACUCUACUAGGCUGAUACAAAUCUCAUUUAUAGGUGUAGCUCCACGGCAAAAAUUAUACUUUGUGGCUAAUAAACGUUGUCGGUAUUAAACAGCAGAGAUGGGUGUAGUUCUGUA